AUGUCUGAAGAAACAAACUCAAGCAUAACAAUUAAAACUGAACCUAUUGAAUAUCCUCAAAUUAAACAAGAAUUAGAUGAUUAUGUUAUAUCAGAAAUAUGUCCGGAAAACCAAGAAACAUCUCCAUGCCAAUUUCUAGAGUCUGAGGUAACAAUCGAGGAACAAAUAAAACAAGAACCAAUUGAUGAAGAUGCAGGUACUGUUUUAACAAAUUUAGAUGAAAGUUUUAAAUGUGAUAUAUGUAACAAAACAUUUAAAUCAAAACUAAUCUUUAAACGGCAUAGUGUCGUCCAUAGUGAAGAAAGUCCAUAUAAAUGUGAAAUAUGCAAUAAAGCAUUUAAAUCUAAAGGAUACCUAAAGCGACAUGUAAUUGUUCACACCGAAGAAAGGCCCUACGAAUGCGCAUUAUGCAAUAAAACAUUCAGGACAUCAGUUUUAUUAAAACAACACGAAAUGAUCCAUACUGAUGAGAGACCCCAUGAAUGUGCAAUAUGCAAUAAAACAUUCAGAACCAAAUACAAACUCAGCCUACAUGAAAAUGUUCACACCGGACAACUCUCUUAUAAAUGUGAAACAUGCAACAAAACAUUUACCAGAAAACAUACCUUAAGCCAACAUGAAAUGACCCACACCGGAGAAUAUCCUUAUAAAUGCAAAAUAUGCAAUAAAGCAUUCACAGCGAAAUGGACAUUAAACCAGCAUGAAGCCAUCCAUUCUGGAGAAAAGCCUUAUAAAUGUGAAACCUGCAACAAAACUUUUACAACGAAAUGGACUUUAAACCAACAUGAAAUGAUCCACGGUGAACAAUCUCAUGAAUGUGAGAUAUGCGGUAAAGUAUUUAAUAGACAGGAUUCUUUAAGGGUGCAUAAAAUGACACACACUGAAGAAUGUCCUUAUAAAUGUAAUUUAUGUGAUAAAACAUUCUCGGUAAAAUAUACAUUAAAACGUCAUGAAAUGAUUCAUACCGGAGAACGUCCUUAUGAGUGCGAAAUAUGCAAUAAGAGAUUUACACAGUCAUCAAAUUUAAACAAACAUUUAUCAACUCAUACUGGAGAACUUCCUUACAAAUGUGAGACAUGCAAUAAAACAUUCAAAUUAAAACAAGGAUUAAUCCGUCAUAAGAUAUUCCAUUCCAGAGAACGCCCUCAUAAUUGUGAGACAUGCAACAAAACAUUUAAAACAGAACAAGCAUUGAAUCAGCAUGCAACAAUUCAUGGCGGAGAAUGCAAUAAAAGAUUUUCAAGGUUAGGUAAUUUAGAAUAUCAUUUAUACUGCAUACUAAAGAAUGCCCUUUUAGAUGUGAGGCAUGCGUUAUUAUCUGAACCACUACACAAAGACUACAUCAUGGGAGGACCCGAGACUGAAAUUGAAACAAAUAAAUGGAAUAAUGAACGAGUGUGGCCCUGUUCAAGCCAAUUCAUCACCAUAUCAUGUCUAUCCUGCACAAUUCCGGUCCAGGCCGCUUUUCACACGCCGACAGAUGGCAGCCCGAUCGCACAAAACCGAUUGUUGUUAAAUCCAGAUCCAAUGGAAAUAGAACAAGCCGUAAACCGUAUCCAUGCAAUGUUUCCAACAGCCACUGAUACACAUAUAAGGAUUUUACUUAAGAAGUAUUACAACCGUGAAGCGGUUGUUAUCUCGGCUUUGCAAGUAGAAAAGCAUCCUAUAUCCGAACCGGGACCGUUGGUGUUUCGUACGCCUCCCGCAAGGUGGAGACAUUUAUCCGGUGCCAAUAUUGCUGUUAAUGCUUUGCAGAUGACACCAAUUAUGGGUAAUUAA